AUGACAAAUAUCUCCCAGAAUAAUGCUCUGUUCAUCUUCUACAAUGAGGAAGUUACUGAUGAAGCUAACAAAAGACUCACAGUGAAGCUUUAUUUGCUCUGUGAGUUGGAUAUACGCUACACCAAAGAACCAAGGAAACCGAUGUUGCAAACAAAAGUGAAGAUAAAUGGUAACCUAGCUUAUUAUCAUUGUUAUGCCAAUAAGCACCCAGAACCAGCGACAUAUGUAGAUAAAGUGAUACUUAAAGAUCACGGCCAAGCUAUUGAUUAUGCGAAUCAAGUGUACCUACCUAGUACACUAUCUGAUAAAAAGCUUUUCGAGAGCAAGCUAAUAAUGGCUAAACGUAACUAUGCCAGUGUCGAACAACAGCGCAUAUAUCAAAACACUGAGCACAAAACAAGGCGUCGUCUGCUCUGUGUACUAAAGAAAGGACACCGGGAGCAGAUGGUCAAUAAGAUAUUGAAUGUGGACCAAGAACACAAAGUACGAAUUGAAGAUUUCAAAAAGGAUGAAUAUCAAGUAAUUUGCUACGUACGAAAGUCACCAGGAAAGGAGGAUGCAAGUACGAGAUCUCGACUCUUGGAUUUGAUGGUGGAUAGACUGAUCAAAAACUCUUCGGUGAACACGGUGUUUGCGUCGUACUCUUCUACAUCAAAACAACCAUUUGCAGACAGUGACAAAACAAAUCCCAUUCAUGUGCCAAAGACUCCCGGAAACACUCAAGUGGUUUCGAGACCCUCACUCAGUGAAAUAUGGGAAGCCCACUUCCAAUAUAUAUUCAACGAUGUCCCCUUUGUCACCAACCGAAUUGCUGCCAUUGCAGUUUUGCACAUUCGAAGACUGGAACUAGAAGAAUCUCUUACUAGUAUUACUUAA